AUAAAUGUUUUUUAAAUAAAUUAUACAUUAUACUAAUAUACAAAAUAUCAGUAUGAGUUAUGACUAAUGUUAUUCAACUAAUUAUUUUAAUAAAACAAAUCACUAAAAUAUUAGUGAAGUCUCUGUAUAAAUGUAAAUUAAUAUAAAGUUUGAGUCAGAAGUUUUGGUGGAGUCAAUAAAGUCCCAUCAGAACUGUUUCUAUAUUUUUAAUUUUGUGUUUGUUUUAUAGGCAUAAUAUGUAUUUGCUGGAUAAUGGGUCUGCUGAUAGGUUUCUUGCCACUUAUGGGCUGGAGAGCCGCCAAAGGUCCAACAUUGGAUGCAUGCGAGUUCAGUCGCGUGAUGGAUUAUAACUACUUGGUGUUUUUAUACUUAGCGACUAUUAUUUUACCUGCGUUGUUUAUGGCCACUUCCUAUGCUCAUAUUUAUACAGUCGUAAUAAAACAAGUAUACCUAUAAACAUUCGAAAAACAAUCAUAUAGCCGCAGUCGCAGUUUCAGUGCACAGUCACAGUUGACAAGUAUUAAAGGGUAAUUUAAAAAAAAAAUGUCUUCUAAUGUUUCAAGAAUAAAACAUAUCGGCAUUACAACAAGAUUUUUUCAAUUAGUAAAAUCUAUUCAGAAUCGAUGCUAGGUUAGGUAUUAUAAGACAGGAUUUCAUCAAUUCCGCCUUACAUUUUUAAUAAGGGAAAAUUUACAUCAUUUCUGCCACAAAUGGCAGCAGUAUUAACCCAUCGACUCUGCCAAUUUAAAGUUUUGAGUCUAAACAACUUGAGAUAUACUGUCUUUCAUACCAGUCAAACUAGUCACCAUCGAGGGAUAUGUUUGAAUAACAGAAAUAUAAUAUCUAAAAAAAUAACUUUUACACGGGGUAAGACGGAGUGUUUUUGUUGGGAUAUUAUUUAACAACCGAUAUUUAAAAUAUUAUAUACUUUGUCAACUCUAUAUAUAGGGUGCGUGAUUGUCUAAAGAGAACCCGAUGCCACACUUAUGCGACUUUAGGCCGUAAAAGUGCUAAAAGCAAUUUUUAACACGACUGCAGUGGCUAAUAUAAAAUACAAGGUAAAUAAAGAAUGUCCUGGUUUCUAAAGAUCAUAACUUCGAGGGUUUUGAUCGUUGCGUGAUCUGCAGUAAGUAGUUGUCGGAUGAACCUGCAAUAGUGAGUCUCUAGUUUUUCGACAUCUGCCAACAAGUAACAACGCUAUCAGACUCUUGAAUAACUGAUAAAAAUAAAAAUAAUAUUCUACAAACUAUAAAGGACCGUCGGUUAACUUACACCCGUUACGUGUUAGCCAGAGUUCAAGGCUGAGUUUGGUUUCAUUCUUGUGACUAAAGAUGUACUCUCCCCCUCCCUAGAGUAAUGAACUAAUUUGAAAAUGUUUGGAAAAAAAUGUAAAAAAUUGGAUAACCUAUGGUUUUUAUAGGUACCAUCUACCGACUGCUUCAAAUUUACAAUAAGUGUAUAAUACAAUUAGGGUUCUAAAAUUUCAUGAAAUUAAUUUUUUUGAAAUAUUAUAUUUUGAGGACAGAUGAGUAUAGGACUCAUUAGGUUUUCCCACAACUAUACAAUUGUCGAUAAAAAGGUUGAUUAUUAAGCGAUAAAGAGACUAUCGUAAACAGACGUACGUGUUAGAUACAUAGAUAUAUACAACAAACUAGAUAGCCGUCUCCUUCUUGUCAUGGAAGUCGG